CUUGAUCAAAGCGCAUAGACUGCCACUGGCAACACGGCAACUUGGCACGAGAAUCAGGACGAAUCAGAUACUGCCCUAACUUACCUCUCUACCUUCCACACACACCAAGCUAGGAAACAAUCCAAAUACCAUAGGUAGUAUACGUCGUGCGACCGCUGGCUAUAACCCUGGCUCGGCGUUAGGGCGACAGAGAGCGCAAUGCUGCAACAGGCUCGCUGAACCUGCUGAUGGGGAAAGGAUGAAGUAGCGUAGCGCCCAUAGCCAAGGUAUCGCGGUGUCUAGAGUUGGAAUCCUCUUCGCUCCAAUCAAGACUGGGCUCUAGGCCUAGUCGUGGUGCGCUGACGGGUUUUACGAUGGCCCCUCGAAGUUCAAAGAAUUGCACGGCUAGCUCGGCGGACGUGGCCAGGCGGGCGCCGCGCUCGGUACCCCGCGUGGACGCGACAGCUGCGGGCACGUCCUGUCUCGCCCAGUCGCAGCUCGACGGCCCCUCGGCACGGGAGCCGGUAUUGAGAGGCGGCUGCGACGGCAGACGUGCUUUCCACAGCUGCCUAGGGCCUGGGAGCAGCUCCCAAGCCUCUUCGUCGGACCGUUGCUUUGCGGCUGACCGACAGAUGGAAGCCCAGCCUGGCGGGCGCGCGUGUGGGCAGCACGCGUGCCACCACCGGGGUCACGCCACCCCAACUCGGUGUAGAACCCUUGCAGCUACCCUCAGCUCGCCCUCGCUCACUCGCCUCGCGCCGCUGCUGCUGCUGCUCCUCUUGUUAGCCGGGCCGGGGCCGUUACCUCUGCUGCAACCACCGGGGCCGCGGGCGGUUGCUGCCAAGGCCGUAGACAAGCUGAAGCUGGAGCUGCCGCUCGCAUUCCUCAAGUCGGUCACGCCACGGAUAGGACACGUUGUUACGCGCUCAGGCGGCACCAGCAGCGGCAGCGGCGAUAUGGGCGCAGCAGAGGCCGGGGCCGGGCCGGACGGCAGCAAUGGGCACGGCGGGCGAGUCAUCCACAGCGACAGCAACGGCAGCCGCAGCGGCAUGCCGGCGUACGAGGCGCAGGGGACGGCCGAGGAGCUGGUCGGGUGUCUCAACUCGAACCAGCCCAACCACAAUGGCACGUACUGGAGUGCGGCCAUGGCGGACGAGCCGCCCUACCUCAAGGUGGUGGGCAUGUGGUGGAGCGCCAAGGCCGCCUCCUCGCCGCUGACCAUCACCACACAGCUGUCCUGGAACCGCAAGUGGCAGCUCAAGGCCAUGUGCCGCACCUACGCCGGCCCCGUGUCGGCCGUGAUGCACAUGCCCGUGCUGCUGCCGCGCCUGACGGGGCGGCAGGACGCCACGCUGGACGACAUCAGCAACGCAGCGCUGCAGCGGGCCGUGGACAAGGUGGCUUCCUUCCACGCCAAGCUGGAGGGCAACGGCUCCUGCAAGCUGGACCUCAUGUUGGUGGCGGAGCCGUACAGGGACGGCAAGUCGCUCGUGCUGUACCCGGUCAACGUGCUGCGCAACUACGCGCGCCUCAUGGCCAGGACGCCGCUCGUUGGCCUUAUCGACGUGGACCUCAUCAUCUCUGACAGCCUGGCUGCGGAGAUGAACGACCCCGCCAAGGCCGCGCCCUACGUGGCGGCGGCGGCGGAGGCCGCGAAGGCCUACAGCGAGGGCCGCCACGGGCCCAAGUACAGCACCGGCUACAGCCGAAUCGCCAGCGUGGAGUCCAUUGCGGAGCCGCUGGGGGUCAAGCCGGUGGAGAAGGGCGGCAGGCCUGCCUACGUGCUGCCGGCGUUCGUGACUCGCGGCGGCUCCAUCAGCGCCCAGAUAGCCCGCGCCGACAAGGUGGUGCAGCAGGGCAAGUCGCGACUGCUCGAACACUACCAGAAGAAGAAGAUCGUGCGCUUCGACCCCGGCUCCAGCGGCCACCGCCCCACCGACUACACGGCCUGGUUCCGAAGCGCCGAGCCCUACCCGGUGCAGUGGCAGGAGCGCUACGAGCCGUGGGUGUUCGUGGACCGGCUGGGCAGCAGCUGGGCGGAUGCGCGGUUCCGCGGCUACGGCAAGAACAAGAUCGUGCACGUCCGCACGCUGGCCUACGAGGGCUACGACCUGGUGGUGCACCCGCGGGCCUUCCUGGUGCACCGCCCCCACAUGGAGUCCAGCAGCAGCAGCGCGCACUCGCGCUCGGCGCUGUACAACAAGAAGAGCAAGAACAGCACCAUGUACGGACACAACAACCACCUGUACAAGAUGAUCCAGCGCGAGAUGGCGCACGGCAACUACAGCGUGCACCUGGACCCGGCCACAGCCGCCUGCAGGGGCAAGCUGAGCUGGUGGCGGCUGUGAGGCAGAGCAGGAGCAGCAGCAGGAGCAGGAGCAGGAUGCAUGGGCGUGCUGGAGGCGGGGAGGCAUGUGCCGUGGACCUAAUGGGGGCGUGGGAGAGGGUGGGCGUGGGAGGGUUGGCGGUGCCGGCCCCAGGGCCGCGGGUGGCAGCGGAGGCCGCAGUCCCACGGGCAGCAAUAAAGGGGCUUGGUGUGUGUCGACACCUGCAACACGUCUUGGCCGAAGUGCAUGCAGGGCGGAGACGUGUCGGGGGGUGGUGCUCGAUGUGUGAGCGACGAGGUCUGCUGAGUAAGCCAACCUGACAUGCGCUCGCACACGAAACUUAAUCAUACUUGUGAACAGGAAACGCACGGCCGGUGAGUAUGUAUUUGGCCUGGUUCCGCAGCGGCGAGCCCUGCACCUCUAUGGUAGCACCUUGAUACAGGCGGGAGGGGGUCCGCUUGGCGUGCGGCGUCCUGCGCGCGAGCUUGAGAGCAUGUGAGAGCGGUGUAGCGUAUGCACUGAUUGAGGUGUCGCAUAUGCGGAUCGAGUAGUGACACGUGACCGAUGGCAUGAUAAGGUAUUAAUGGGUUGUGCUCGACAGCCAUCUACUGCGUUGGGGGAAGUGCUGCUGCGGAGUGGCGUCAUGGCGCGACGCCUGAGGCACAUUUGGUUUAGGACCCAUGGUGGCGAGCAUCCAUGUGUGUGUGUUGGGCACUGCCACAGUGCCACGCUGCGCAUUCAUGUGGGUAUUCAGGACUGAAGUGCAAGGGUUGACUGAAUCCGCCGCAGUAUUAGCUUACACUCCGCACUUGCGUCGUUGAGCGGCAGAAUCCGACGCAGUAUUAGGUUAGAACGUGUAUGGGGGUCUGACGUUACUGAUUUUACGGAGGCGGGGUGGGGUGUGAUGGCGCAGGUGGCUAACGUUCUGCAAGGGUGCAGCAGCUCCGAACGACUCCGGCUGGGGGUUACGGAUGUUAUGGACGUUUACCGAUUUCUACGGCUGGGUGGGGUGCAGGGAAACGUGGGGCCGUGGAGGUCCGGGGCGUCGGUGAGACCGGUGGGGAUAGGUGGGAACGUGGGAAGUGGGAACCAAGCAUACUAGAUGCUGUGUGCGGAGUUUGUCAUUUUGCGCUUAAAAGGCUGUACAGCGUAUACGCAAGGGGCUCGACUGAGACCUUGAGGAACCACGAUACUAACACUUCGACAGGCCAUCGAUGCAAGUGAUGAAGUGACA